AAGAAGCUUUAGACCAUUUCCUGAAUGAAUCAACGCAGGGGGGUGGGGCAGAAUGUCUUUUCUCCAUGGCUUCCACCAGAUCAUCUUUGAGUACCAGCCGUUGGUCGACGAGAUCUUGGAAUGUAUGGAUCCUGUGCUGCAGGAAAUGAUGGAAAGCUCCAGCACCGUGGUAGAAGAUGACAGAUGGGUUGAGGUCCUUCAUGAGCUGCUGGAGAGGAACGCCAACCCCAUGUACUACCAAGAGGAUGUGAACUAUGCAUUGCUGAUGAUGGCAGAGUAUGGGAUGGUCUGAGCUGCCGAAGCCCUCCUGCGUGGUGGGGCAUUUGUCCAUUGCAGGGCAAAAGGCCAGUCCAUGUUUGCUGUUGAAAUGGAACACUCAGGACGAGACGGUGAAAUCUGCUAUGAUUAAAUGGGCACAGG